AUGAUUGUGAAAGCCGUAGAGCAGAGCCACGCGAUUAUCCCGGUAAAAUCAACCCCUGUGCCGAGCGAGUCUCCUCCAACGAAACGGCCGAGAAAGUCCACACCGCGGAAGGUGGAAUCGUCGGAUCGAGAGCUGGACCCAUUAGAUGCCUUGAUCAACAAUGUGAUGGCCACCACGAGUCCGAAGCCCCGCGGACGCCCGAAGAAACGCUCCAUCAAGGAUUUUGAGGCCAUUUCCGACGCAACAACCACAACUUUGCCGCAGCCAAUCCACUCGGCAACCCUCUACGUCACGCCCACUAGCCCAAUACCCCUAAAUUUGGCGGAUCUAAGGGCAAAAACCCCCCGAUUUCUUGGAGAAAAACAUCGCAGAAGGGAAGGGUCAAGUGUCGGAAUUACGUCCAACAAGACACCUUGA